CUGCGGAGGGGAGCGGGCGGUGGGCGCCGGACGCCGGACAGCCGCGAGCGCCGCGCGGUCAGUUGGGCGUGAGACCGCAGGUGUCAGCGAGGGCCUGGGGCCCAGCGAAUCUCCGUCGCCUCGGCUGCCACCUGACGCGAACAUCCUGCCCGGGCCCCUCUGCAGAGGCGUCGCCAGGGAGCGCGCUGACCGGGCAGGGGGCCGAGAUGUCCAACCCCUUCCUGAAGCAAGUUUUCAACAAGGACAAGACCUUCCGCCCCAAGCGCAAGUUCGAGCCGGGCACCCAGCGGUUCGAGCUGCACAAGAAGGCCCAGGCGUCGCUGAACGCGGGGCUGGACCUGAAGCUGGCCGUACAGCUGCCCCCUGGCGAGGAGCUCAGUGACUGGGUGGCCGUGCACGUGGUGGACUUCUUCAACCGCGUCAACCUCAUCUACGGCACCAUCGGUGACGGCUGCACGGAGCAGUCCUGCCCGGUCAUGUCGGGCGGCCCCAAGUACGAGUAUCGCUGGCAGGACGAGCACCAGUUCCGCAAGCCCACAGCGCUGUCGGCCCCCCGCUACAUGGACCUGCUCAUGGACUGGAUCGAGGUGCAGAUCAACAAUGAGGAGCUCUUCCCCACCCACGUCGGCACGCCGUUCCCCAAGAACUUCCUGCAGGUGGUGAAGAAGAUCCUGUCACGGCUGUUCCGCGUGUUCGUGCACGUCUACAUCCACCACUUCGACCGCAUCGCGCAGAUGGGCUCCGAGGCUCACGUCAACACCUGCUACAAGCACUUCUACUACUUCGUCAAGGAGUUCGGCCUCAUCGACACCAAGGAGCUGGAGCCGCUGAAAGAAAUGACCGCACGGAUGUGCCACUGAGAGCCCCUCAGGCCCGCAGUCACCGAGGCCGUGCCCAGGGGACACCCACGCUCGAGGGCCACGGCUCCAGAACACGGACCCGUGCUUUAUAGAAAGCCCAGCCAGCGGGCGAGCUUGGUGCCGUGGAGGCUGCACUGAAUGCCGGGGUGGAGUCCUCUCCGAUCCCGGUGGGCAGCCGCCGUGGGUCUGCACACGGCCAUCCUGAGCCCGUCUCCUUGACAGGCGGCAAACUUGAACUCCGUGGUUCUGCGUGUUGAGCACCUGGGCACAUGCACUUUGUGGACCACUAGCAUUUGCUCUGUGGUUCGGCCCAGACCAGCCGCCGCGUGCAGCCAGCGCCCGGGGACCCCGUGUCCGCUUCACGACUCGCACGACGGGGACCCCACGCCCGCUCCCCAGCUUUCCCGGGCCCCUUCAUGGAUCGUGAGAGAUUGGAGUUUUCUCCGUGUGAGCCCUCCUCCCGUUUAGAAAACUGUCGCCUCUCCCUUAUGAAUAUCACAGGAUGACUCUCCCAUGGAACCCCCCUCCCGGGCUGGAACCUUUUGAAUUUUGCCAAAUGAUUAGCUGGAAUUAGCCUUUCUGCAGAUGCCUGCCCAACUUUACGUGGAAGCCCUGUGUUUGCAUGGCCCUGUGUGGCUAUGAGACCCAAAUCCCAGCACUGUCUCCCGUGGACCUUGGGAGGGUGGCCAGGGCCCUGUCUGGGCCACGCUGAAGUGACCCCCGGAGCCCCGUUCUGCCUGUGCCUGCACCCCGCCCGCACGCAGCGUCCUCAGUGGCCUUCUCCGUGGCACCCUUCCAGUGUGGACCGCACCGACUCGGAGUACCUCUGGGUGUUGGGUGCUCGCAGGAGUGAGGAGCACCAUCACCCACGCCAAUAAGUGCAAUUAACACGACCUUGGCCUCGGUCCUUCUGGAAACCCCCAGGGUCCAGCUCGAGGAGGCCCCUUCCGAUCGAAUGUAGCUCCCUUUAAGUGCAAAACCUCGGCCAAGCACCGUGACCACUGUGUCCCCCAGGGCUGUGGGCUGUCCCCACAGCGCAGCCAGGUCAGGGAAGGUGGCAGGGACUCCUCUCCACCCUCCCUGCCCACAGCUCUUCCCACACGAGCAUCAGAAUACAC